CACUGUUAGGGGAGGGGUUGGUAUCUAGAUUUGGGCACCGGGGGAAGAAUGUCUCCUUUCAACUUUGUCUGGUUUGCACCCCCGGAGAAGGCCACACGCCGGUUGUGGGGUGCAGAUGUGCCGAGAGUGAUUUCUAAGUAGUUGAGUUGUUGAGAUGAGGAUACGGCUGCUAAUGGUAGGCAGGUUUUGUUUUCAUUGGUGAAUGUAGUGUCAUCAUAUUCUGGUCAUAUGUUGAAAUAUUCUUUGUUUAGGUCUUGAAGUAGGGAAUCUCACUCUGCACGUCCACAUCGUGUUGUUUUUAAAUGUCUCUGCAUGUAUGGCUUUCUAGAAUAUCAAACGUGAGUUAAGGUCCGGGCCUGUGUGGGCCUCAGCACUGGCCUUGACAGUGAACUUUGUGGCUGUGUUUUGGAUUUCAAAGAUUUGCCCUACAGUAGAGGAGCGAGCUGUUCAUUUUUGUUAAUAGUAAGUGUUAGGAAUGUAGAUGCUUUAGCUGGGGACUUUAGAGAAGGAAGAACAUUUAUAUAUUAAUAAUUGAUAGCUGAAUAUUAGAAUCGGAUUAAUUUGGGCUGAUGAAAGUUUUUUUUUUUUUAAAGCAGUGUGCACUCUAGGAAGGAAGCGUUUUCAUAGGCAUACUUUAUAGGGGUUCUUUAGGGCAGAGAGCUGGAAUAUCUCCUUUUACAGAGGAUACUCAUCAACAUCCGUUGUUUCACUGAGGGCCUGGUAAAGGGAUUGGAAUUGGGUCUAAGUGUACUUUUCAGUGUUUAUGUUGUUUGUUUACAUUUGAUGUUCACUCAUGUUUGGGCAGUAGAAAUAAAUAGGUCAGCUUUUCUUUUGGUUUUGAAGACCAGCCCCUCCCCCCCUUUUUAAGUUUCACAAUCUACUUGGUUUCACGGUAUUGUAGGAGACUUACUCCAUUUUUACUGGAAAUACUAUUAUUCAUUUUGCUUUUGGUAAGUGCCUGCCUAUUCCCUUUUUCUGGCUCCAUUUGUAUAUGGAUCUGCAUCAUGGGCUUAAAGUGAGCUGUAGGUGCUAUUUAAAAUGUCUGAAGAAUGUAUUUUAAAAUCUCAGGACAUAACUUUUGAUGGCAAAGAGGACAUUUUUGUGUAGUUACUCACAUGUAUAAAAAUAUUUUUGUAUUUAAAACAUGUAGAUGUACAACUAUCUCUGUUUAUAAAAAAAUUUCUGUACUUAAAAUUUUCUGUAGAUGUACAACUACCCUUAAGUGAAGAGCGUGGUAAUAGCGCAGAAAAUUCUGAAAACACAAACUUCUGGCUAACAUGUUACAAAUAUUUGAGGUGCUUUUCUUUACGUUAGACGUUUGCUUUUGUUUAACAUAAUAAUAGUAUUUGCAGUAUGACUGGCAUUGUUUGGCUGGCCAUAAUCGUCUUUUGCUUGACUGCUUUUGAUGACUUUUUAAGUUUUUAGAUAAUUUUACAAGCUUUCUUUAAGCAUUUUGCACUUUGGACCCAGGCAGGUCUUUAUGGAAUUGGAAUAGUAAUAGGUUAAGACGACUCCUACCUAUGCCAAAUUUUAUUUUUAAGAGGUGUAAGUGAUGGACGGGGCCCUAUUUCUUUUAGCUUUGAAGGCUCCAUCCUCUUUCCCAUUCAGUCAUCUGGAAGGAGCUGCCUCAGAAAUCUUCUUCUGCUUACAUGAAGAGCUCUAAAUGCUAUCCAGCAGGAGGUGCUACAGCAAGAUAAAGCAAAUCUCAGAAUUUUGAGGGUCUUGCUCCUUAUGACAGCUCCACUUAGCUUCAACUAAGCAACAGGAUUAACACCCUAAAGUUCCAGAAAGAUUUUGAGGAACAAGAGUGUUGAAGGAGGGCCAGUUUCCUCAAAAUUGGACUUCUCAGAACCUUUAAUAUGCUAAUGUGCAUUGUGAAUCUCCAAGAGGGGGAUAUGAUAUGCAGCAUUCUUGAAUACUUCUAAUGACAGGGAGCCCACUACCUCAUAAGCUGCAGUGAGAAGAGGAGUUUGUUAUUUUAAACGGAGGCUGAAGAAACUGUAGAACUAGCAGACAUAAGAGAAAGUGGAGAAGGUAGAGAAUGGAGUUGCAGACUCUACAGGAAGCUCUUAAAGUGGAAAUUCAGGUUCACCAGAAACUGGUUGCCCAAAUGAAGCAGGAUCCACAGAUAUUUUUUCUUUCCAAUCAGAAUGCUGAUUUAAAGAAACAGCUUCAUGAGCUCCAAGCCAAAAUCACAGCUUUGAGUGAGAAACAGAAACGAGUAGUUGAACAGCUACGGAAGAAUCUGAUGGUAAAGCAAGAACAACCUGACAAAUUCCAAAUACAGCCAUUGCCACAAUCUGAAAACAAACUACAAACAGCACAGCAGCAACCACUACAGCAGCUACAGCAGCAACAGCAGUACCACCACCACCAUGCCCAGUCAGCUGCACCCUCUCCCAGUCUGACUGCGUCCCAGAAGACUGUAACUACAGCUUCUAUGAUUACCACAAAGACACUACCUCUCGUCUUGAAAGCAGCAACUGCGACCAUGCCUGCCUCUGUUGUGGGCCAGAGACCUACCAUUGCUAUGGUGACCGCCAUCAACAGCCAGAAGGCUGUGCUCAGCACUGAUGUGCAGAACACACCAGUCAACCUGCAGACGUCUAGUAAGGUCACUGGGCCUGGGGCAGAGGCUGUCCAAAUUGUGGCAAAAAACACAGUCACUCUGCAGGUUCAGGCAACACCUCCUCAACCCAUCAAAGUACCACAGUUUAUCCCUCCUCCUAGACUCACUCCGCGUCCAAACUUUCUUCCACAGGUUCGACCCAAGCCUGUGGCCCAGAAUAACAUUCCUAUUGCCCCAGCACCUCCUCCCAUGCUUGCAGCUCCUCAACUUAUCCAGAGGCCUGUUAUGCUGACCAAGUUUACCCCCACGACCCUCCCUACCUCCCAGAAUUCCAUCCACCCCGUCCGUGUCGUCAAUGGGCAGACUGCAACCAUAGCCAAAACGUUCCCCAUGGCCCAGCUCACCAGCAUUGUGAUAGCUACUCCAGGGACCAGACUCGCUGGACCUCAAACUGUACAGCUUAGCAAGCCAAGCCUUGAAAAACAGACAAUUAAGUCUCACACAGAAGCAGAUGAGAAGCAAGCAGAGAGCCGCACCGUCACUCCACCUGCUGCGCCCAAGCCCAAACGGGAGGAGAACCCGCAGAAACUUGCCUUCAUGGUGUCUCUAGGGUUGGUAACACACGACCAUCUAGAAGAAAUCCAAAGCAAGAGGCAAGAGCGGAAAAGAAGGACAACAGCAAACCCGGUGUACAGUGGAGCAGUCUUCGAGCCAGAGCGUAAGAAGAGUGCAGUCACAUACCUGAAUAGUACAAUGCAUCCUGGGACCCGGAAGAGAGGUCGUCCUCCAAAAUACAAUGCAGUGCUGGGGUUUGGAGCCCUUACCCCAACAUCCCCCCCAUCCAGUCAUCCUGACUCCCCUGAAAAUGAAAAGACAGAGACCACAUUCACUUUCCCUGCACCUGUCCAGCCUGUGUCCCUGCCCAGCCCCACCUCCACAGACGGUGAUAUCCACGAGGAUUUUUGCAGCGUUUGCAGAAAAAGCGGCCAGCUGCUGAUGUGUGACACGUGCUCCCGAGUGUACCACCUGGACUGCUUAGACCCGCCUCUGAAGACCAUCCCCAAGGGCAUGUGGAUCUGUCCGCGAUGCCAGGACCAGAUGCUGAAGAAGGAAGAAGCAAUUCCAUGGCCUGGAACUCUAGCAAUUGUUCAUUCCUAUAUCGCCUACAAAGCAGCAAAAGAAGAAGAGAAACAGAAGUUACUUAAAUGGAGUUCAGAUUUAAAACAAGAAAGAGAACAACUAGAGCAGAAGGUGAAACAGCUCAGCAAUUCUAUAAGUAAAUGCAUGGAAAUGAAGAACAGCAUCCUGGCCCGACAGAAGGAGAUGCACAGCUCCCUGGAGAAGGUAAAACAGCUGAUCCGCCUCAUCCAUGGCAUCGACCUCUCCAGACCUGUGGACUCUGAGGCCACCGUGGGGGCCAUCUCCAACGGCCCGGACUGCACCCCCCCUGCCAGCGCCGCCACCUCCACGCCGGCCCCCUCCCCCUCCUCUCAGAGCUGCACAGCGAACUGUAAUCAGGGGGAAGAGACUAAAUAACAGAGCCCUGCUAAGAGAAGCCACGGGAUCCCGGCGGCAAGGAGAGCGAAACACUGAAGACUCUAGAAAAGCAAAGCCGGAUUUCUUCUGGAAAGUACGGAAUUCUUUUGGUUCUUUGGUUCCAGAGAGAGAGAAGAUGCUUGUGCCAGGUGGCACCAGAGUUUGCCAAUUGAUCCUUCUUAUUCUGUGUGUACAUGCAAAGAUUGGACCAUGUUACAUGAAAUAGUGCCAGCUGGAGGUUUUUUGCCAGCACCAUGCCAAGUGAAAUAAUAUAUUUACUCUCUCUAUUAUA